AUGGAAGUUCUUGUGUUGGCGUUUGUGCUGGAAGCCAUCGCGACCUCGUUCGAGCUGAGCAGCGUCGGAAAGGGGCUAAUCGGCAGUGCUAGUUUCUUUGGGAUGCUUGUCGGCGCGGGUUUCUGGUCCAUCUACGCCGACAAACGCGGCCGCAGGACCGCCUUCGUGUCGUCCCUGGCCUGCGUCUUUGUCGGCGGGGUCCUCUCCUCUCUCGCACCGUCUUUUUUUGUUCUCUGUCUGUGCCGAGUGCUCGUCGGCUUCGGAGUAGGAGGUAACUUGCCCGUGACGACCGCGCUCGUCACCGAGUUUCUGCCGACAAACGAUAGGGCUAAUAUUCUCUGCGCAACUGCUGGAAUUUUCUGGGGCAUCGGCAUGAUCUUCGCUUCCCUCCUUGGCCUCAUGCUCGCCAAUGUUCUCGGGCCCGGGAAGGAAGAGGCAAUGUGGCGCUGGUUUCUUGGGGUGGCCGCGCUUCCAUCCGCGAUCGUGGCCGUGGCCUACCGGCUGCUUCCUGAGUCCCCCCGCUUCCUGCAGGUCAUGGGGAGGCACGACGAGGCGAUGCAGAUGACGAUGACGCUGUCUCUCUCUCCGACAGAUCUGGACUCUGGCGGCGGCGGCGGCGGCGGCGGCGGCGGCGAAGCAGUUGCGGCCGGGAUCGGAGACGCCGCGUCGCACGGGCAGGAAGCGGAGAACGCUGAGGCCGGGGAUGUGCGCGAGCUGUUCCACACUCCCAUCCUUAGAAGGAUAACGCUGUCCUUCUAUUUCGGUGUGACCUUCUUGCUGCCGAGGUACUACGAUAAGAUCUCGGGCGGGCAAGCGAACUUCGUGUACAUCCUCAGCGCUCUCGUCGGCGCAACGUUCAUCCCGGGCGCGUUCGCGGCCAUGUGGCUGUGCUCGGAGCGUCGUCUCGGUCGCGUGGGUGCUCUCAAGUGGUCGUCCUAUGCCACGGCCGCCGCCGUCAUACUGCUAGCCACGACCCUGCGAGUAAAGGCCGUCUUCGCUGUGGCGUCGAUCUUGACCCUGUUCAUUACCACCAUCCCUGGGACCGUGAAGUACGUGCUGACGCCGGAGAUUUACUCGACAAAGUACCGGACAGUGGGGUUGGGAAGCACGAGCGUUGUUACGCGCCUCGGAGGCUUGCUGGCACCCGUGCUGGCGGAGGUGUUGUACGACGGCUGGGGUCCGGUUGCCCCCUUGCUGGUGUUCGGUCCGAUCAUGGUCAUCACCGGCAUCGCCGCGGGUUGUAUCUAG